AUGAAGAACAUCUUACUCGGCCUGAAACUUUUCCUCUUGUCCGCCACUGCGGUCACAGCGACCAGGCCGACUCGUGCUUCACGAGCGUGUAGGCUGAUCGAGUCUGCACUUCCUGGAAAGGUCUUCUACCCUGGAACGGAAAUCUAUGCGGCAGAUAUGAGCCACUUCCAAUCAUCUGCAGAACAGAACUCCACUUGUUCUGUCAACCCUGAUUCCACUGCAGACCUCUCGACAAUUAUCAGGAUUAUUGGACGUGAUGACAUUCGCUCACCUUUCGCAGUCAAAAGCGGUGGGCAUGCUACCAACCAGGGAUUCAGCUCAACCACUGGGGUUCUUAUUUCGAUGGCGAGCUUUACCUCGGUCGUCUACGACCAGGAUGCUGGUACCGCGUCGUUUGGAACUGGUCGCUCCUGGGAUGAAAUCUACACUAUCCUAGAACAAUACAACGUAACAGUUGCUGGGGGCAGGGUGCCUGGCGUUGGUGUUGGUCUGAUCCUCGGAGGAGGUUUUAGCUGGAUUGCGGACCAGUACGGUCUCGGCGUUGAUAAUGUUGUUUCCUUCGAUCUGGUCAUGCCAAACGGAACGUUUGUCACCGUUAGUGACACCAGCUAUCCCGAGGUCCUCUUCGGCUUGAAAGGAGGAUUAAACAACUUCGGAAUUGUCAGUUCAGUGACUAUGUAUGCCCGCCCCAUAGGAGCUGUUUGGGGUGGAGUUAUCAACUACGCCCCUUCUGCUCUAGUCUCACAAGCUGUGGCGGAUUUCAGCUUACACAAUACUGAUCAUAAAGCUCAGCUUGCUGCAGCCUAUGUUCAGACCGGCUCUGGUCAGGCCAUAUGGCAAAUAAUAUUCUUCUACGACGGAGGAUUCGUACCACCCGUUUACCAGCCAUUCUUGGAUAUUCCAGCCCUUGAGAGCAACGUCGGUGUCCGCGCGUUCUCUGACUUGUUGGCGACUAUCAAUGUCGUCGCGACAAAUUCCGGAGGAUUCUCAAACGUGGUGCCCAUUGUGCAGUAUACCCUCCCCAUCAUCGACGAAAUUCAAAGACAAAUCAAUAUUACCUACCAAGAAGCCGUUGACGACAACCGCUCUGUCAUCGCCGUCUUGUUGGGCGUUGAGCCAUUCCUCGGCGCCUUCAAUUACGAAACGCGCUCUGCAUACCCUCACUCGCCCGACCGCCAGGUUACGCCAUGCAACCCUUGGAUCACGUUCUCCGACAAUGCUGAUGCGGAUUAUUUCCAUGCCCUCUUGCGGAAGAUGUCCGACGCCAUUCAGGCUUUCGCUGUCGCGCAAGGACAGAGCCGAUGGGACGACAUCCAUUACCCGAACUAUGCUCUCGCUGACACUCCGCUCAACCUCCUGUAUGGAUCUAACGUCCCCCAGUUGAAGCGGUUACGACGAGCUGUGGACCCCAAGAAUAUUAUGGGACUGACUGGAGGUUAUAAGUUUUGA